UAACAUUAUAAAACUGGAUGUAAUAGAAAAAAACGCAAUUGUAAAGUAAUAAAGAGUAAUAAAAAUAAGUAACACUGAUCUUUAUUCCCCAAGGGCAUACACGUGAAUUCCCUUUCCUUAAGUAUUUUAUGUCUCAGGGCUCUCUUAAAUUUCUGCUGUUAAGACAAAAAAAGGAUGUUCUUAAUAAGCUUUUCCUGUGUGAUGUCACAGAGUUGUUAGCCUUUAUAUAUAGUGCAAAAAAGUUGGGAAGCAUCUGAAUCUCAGAGCAAGAGGACAGAAGAUCAGAUUUCACUAGCAUCUCCCCCAACAAGACAAAAAAGAGGCAUGUCCAGCACCAGACUAGGCAAUAGGUUGGGGCUUUUCAUAUUUGCCCUGUCUAGUCUAAAGGUCAGUCUUGCCUUUCCUAAUUCCUCUCCAGUAAUCAAUUCGGGAUGGGGGACUCCAGACAGGCUGAUGCACCUGUACACAGCAACAGAAUGGAACAGCUUCCACCUGCAGAUCAAUCACGAUGGGCGAAUCGAUGGAUCACCGCAUCAAACCAUAUACAGUGCAUUAAUGAUUAAAUCCGAAUCUGCUGGUAAAGUUGUCAUCACUGGUGUCAAAAGUGGCCGAUACCUAUGUAUGGACAGUUACGGAAAUGCUUUUGGAUCACACUACUUUAGCUACGACGACUGCGUAUUCAAGCAUGAAAACUUUGGAGAAUCGUCAUGAGUCUACCAUUCCCCAAAACACAAAUAUCUGCUGAGCCUCAAAAAGCCAAAACAGUUUUUCCGCCCAGGAAUGGACUUGCCACCUUAUUCUCAAUUUUUAUCCAUGGAGAACACGAUUCCUAUUACCCGAUUUAUUACUCCCGAGCCUGUCCGACAUACCAGAAGCGCUGAGCUAUAUCCAGACCCCUGGAGUAUUGGUCGAGAAAAGAAGACAACCCUGAAUUUUCCAACACCAAAGAAUGAACAAGACGUCAGGGUGAAUUUCAAUCAAGAACCAGUAAGACAUAAUCAACAUGAGAAGGUUGACCCUGAUGACCCAAUAGGUGUCAUCAACACUAGGAAGGGCCACCCACGUCAGCCUUACAGAAAAAGAUAAUACCUUUUCCAGCACAAGACCUUCAACCUGUUUCUGAAUAGACAAGGACUUGAAGUAAAUAUGUUACAUGUUAUACUUUGUAGACUGAAUAUGUCAUUAGAGUGCAUAAAAGUAGCAACUGUUAUCCUAUUAAGUCGUUCUCCGUUUUGUCAAUUUAAACAGCUCUGAAGUGUCUUCAUCCUCCGACACUGGGCUUUGCACAGGCAGACAGAAGUGUCAGAGAUUGAAGAUAACUUCUGAGCUCCAGUAAAUGCUACAUUCAUGCAUUCUAGAGGCAUAUUGAGUAUGCAAAGUGUAACCUGUUGUCAGGGUCACUUUAGUCAAUACCUGCAUUAGGUACUAUAGUUUAGGAAAAAGUAAAGGGACUAGGUCUGAUUGAAGAAGCCAUUCUCUGACUCAAAUUUCACAAACUAGACUUAUAGACUUAGCUUCACUGCCACAAAUCUAGCCUCCUUUAAACAAGCCAGGGAAUGGCUAUCUUCGUUAGAGUCUAAUUGCAGUUUGGCUUAGUGCCAGAGACCAAUAUAUAUAUAUAUAUAUAUAUAUUACUCAAGGUGUGACACCUCUGCUGUGUCUUUCACUUCCUUUAGAGACUCACAUCCGGUGUGGUACUCCAGUUUCCACCAGAUGUGUAACAAAAAAUUGGAGAUCCAAUCUCAUUUUUU